UAUCUAGUGACCGUGGAGGAGUUAGUUCAAGUACGUUCUUAUUUUUGAACAGCAAAUACUGUACCCCAAGGCAUGGCUGGGGGCUACACAGCCGCCCUCCCCCUCACCUUAAUGAAGUGUAUGGCCUUGGGGUACUGGGUCAUUAACUGAAAAAUGAUCACAAGUCGAAUUUUUCUAUGCCUUUGUAACUGAACGGUCAGUAAACAGUAAAUUCUAUUUAAAAAGUAUAUUUGCUGUAAAACAGGCUAGUAUUUUAAAAAGUUUUACAGAAAUGAUUGGAAAUUUGGUUGCUUAGUGUUUUAUGAUCAGUGAUUAUGGGAACUUAGUCACAUAAACACUUUUUAGCAUCCAUUUACAAAUAAUUUAACUAUCAGAUCUUAAAAUAGAUGGGACAGAUUCUAGUUCCUUUCUUAUAGUACAUAUUGGUUGUCUGCUUUGACAAUUGGCUGCCUCUUUUGGAACUUAGUUCUGAGGGGUUAAUAAAAGAAGCUGACACACUAGUAUAAGCUAUUAAGUUUAUUUGGUAGCUAUGGAUGAAAAUGCAUACAUGGAUAGGUUACCUACAAUAAAUGUAUUUUUUCAAGAAAUAUUAGGGCAAUGUUUUCUAUACCCAUUUGCACCCCUUGGUUAUAUCUUUUGAAUAUAGCCAUUUAUAAACACAUUAAAUACUUGCAAAAGAGUUUUGAGAAAUGUUUUAUCCGAGACCUUUUUGAACCUUGGAUCAACAAGGGUCUGGGAUAAAACAUUUCUCAAAACUCUUAGGCGAUUAGUUGUGUUUAAUCAUAACUCUACCCACAUUAUAGCCUCGCAUGCUGUGUGAACCUACCCUGGUGGAUUAGUUUAUAGCCAGAUACAUUGUGGAGACUCAGGAAACUAGGUGGACCAAGAACACAGUGAUCCAGUUCCCUUUGCUCAAUUGGAUAUUCUUGGUGUUAAUGCUGUAGUGAAUGAAACUUGCAUUCAGCUUAGGACGAUGGCGAACAAAUAAGUUUUCACCCUUUCUAUGGGGUUCUGAAAUGUAGACAAAGCAGAACUAAAAUAGCCUGAAGGAAGGAAGGGGCUAAAUACAGAAACCAGAUAGCUGCCCUUCCCCAGAUAUGAAAGGAGAGAAUACAUGGGUACAAUAAAGAAAAGUCUUAGAAGUUGCUAAUAUCAGAAGUGAAUGAUUUGGAGCUCUUGCAUUGAUGUAGCAUUUAAAGGUAAUACUUCAGACCAUAGUAAGGUCACCCUAUGUUUUUAUCAGAUGCUGCAUUCCCACUGUAAAGCUUACAAUGUGAUUUACAAAGCCUUUUUUUAAUUUCUUAUGUAACAACUCAGAUAUAGCCCAUAAUCUGUUUAUAUCAGGUAUCUUGUAUUUUUGUGGCCAGAAGCUCAAUGUUCAAGUGCAGGCCAAUUAAAAACAUUGCAUUUCAUUUAUCUCUAAACAUUUCAGUUCCUUGUUUAAGUGAGCAUUUUCUCCACAACAUGGUGGUCAAAACCCUUUCCCCAUAAUCACUUUCUGUAUCCCAGUUUAACAAUUAAAUUAGCUUCAUAAAGAAUUUUCCUUUUAUUUAAAGUAAGGGAUCUUUUUAAGUUUUUUCUCUUUGAAAAAUUAUUCCUCUUACGUUGACUUUCAGUCUUUUGUUCAUAUUAUGUUACUGGAGCCACAUGCCUUCUAAAUGUUGAUAAGUUUUCAAGAACAAAACAAGUUGCUAUAGUCCACAAUUUAUGCCAUUCUCGACUUUUAGACAUAGAGUGAACAAGAGCUAGUUUUAAAUUCAGACUUCAGUGAGUUUAUAAAAACCUAUCUCCCUUAAUGUGAUAUCUUCCAGUAGUGUUGGUCUUAAGUUCUCAUUAUCACUCCCAUCACCAAAAGAUUUGAAGUUCAGCAUUUCUGGGAUGCACUAUUUCAGAAAAUUAGUCCAAACAGAAAUUUUGAGUGUGUCCUGUUUAAUAUUAUGAGUGAUGUUCGUUUCAAAGUGUAUGAUUUAUUUCAGUAGUGUUCAAUAUGUAAAGCAGGGUGAGGAACUUGCCCUCCAGAUAUGGCAGGGCUAUAGAUUCCCAUAGACCCAGUUGGCAUGACAAGUGUGCAAAAAUUGGCAAUUGAAAUUACAGGUUCCGUAUUUCUAAACUCACUAAUCUGUAUCAUAGGCUUCUUAAGGUGAAAUUGGAAAUUGAAUGUGGCUCUGUAUCUAAACAUCUGCGUUCAAAAAAUAUAAGGAAGUUAGAUUAUACAUUAAAAUUGUAAUGUUAAAAUUCUGUUUUUUAUGAGACUGACAAACCUGAUAAUGCCAAAAGCUGUUUUCCAAAGCACUGAAGGCCAGACAAGGAAUAAUGGAUAGAAACUGACCAAGGAGAGAUUCAACCUAGAAAUGAGGAACUUUCUGACAGAAUAAUCAACCAAUGGAACAGCUUGCCUUCGGAAGUUGUGGGAGCUUCAUCACUUGAGACUUUCAAGAAAAGAUUGGACUACCAUUUGUCAGAAAUGGUGUAGGGUCUCCUGCAUGAGGAGGGGGGAGGGUUGGACCAGAUGACCUAUAAGGUCCUUUCCAACUCUGUUUAUCUGUUAUCUCAUCUUGCUCAAUAUUUGUUAAAUAAUAAAUGACAAAAUAUUAGAAAGGCCAAUAAAAGAUGAAGGAACAGUUUAUUGAACCCUUUGACUUAUCCACAGAAUAGUUUGAGUUUAAUUUGAAAGCCUUUUCGUCCUUUCCUAAUGAGAAGUGCAUGCAAAUUAUGAAUAUUUAAAUAUGAAAAUACUGCCACCAUGCUUUUGCAUGUAUUCAGUUUGCUUUAUUUAAAUGAAAGAGGGCAAAAUGAACAUUAUCAUCUGUAAUCUGUCUAGCUAAUCUGGCUACCUGGUAGAUAGCUAAUUUAGAAAAUGUCCAGGGGACAAAGGUCUGCUCCCCAUAACUUGAUAAUUUUCUUAAGUAGUCUGCAUUUAAAAGCUCAAAAUGCACAAAUGAGAGCUCACAAAGAAUGAUACUGGAUUUGGGCUGAAGGGUGUGUCCAAAGUAGUCAGAAAUUGAAUGGGGAGCUAUAUCCAACUCAGCCACAGAUUCAUCUCUGAUUCCUACAUAAACAAAAGGCUACACUGUUAAAUUAUCUUCAGAUUAGUAUACACAAUGCUUUACAAACUGCAUUGUGUUAGUCUCAGGACCUGUACAGUGUAUACAUCUGGUUCAGCUAAGACCACUCUUAUUUUUUUCUCCCAAAGUACAUUAGCUGCUCAGUAGAAUUCAGUGUGGCCAUUCUAAUAGUGUUAGUUUUACUUGAUAUUCUCUUCUCACUUCUUAAUAUGAAGCUUUUGAUGAAAGCCUAUUCUUUCUUGUGCCAUGUUUUGAUUCUUUGAGCUAAGCAAAUAACAUUAAUAUUAAUCAAUUAUUAACCAUUUGCUAUCAAUAAAAUAGUUAAUUAUACUUUAUAAUAAUGAUCAACAGUUAUUGAUAAAUUUCAGGUAAAGCUAAUACGCAACGAGGCCUUGGUUACUAAAAGCAUUAGCUGUUAUUUUCCCCAUACUUUUGACUUCCUGUAUGAGGAUGCUGUAGCCCAGCCAGUGAUGCUGUACAAUCCAAAUCCCUGCAACAUAAAAAAUAAGUGUACUGUAAUCAUAGGUAUUGAUGCUGUUACCUAGUUGGGCAACGAAAACUCUGCAAGCAAACAACCAGUCUCAGAGAGCACCAAGGACUUCACCGGUUAAAAAUGCCGAUUAUUACAUUAUUGGAAAAUCAAACUCUAGAAUAUCAGGUGACAAAAUCAAAGGCAACAAUGAAGGUCGAUUAACGCGAUAACAAUACAGGAGAACCUGUUUUAAUUUUAACCCACCACCAACGGAAAAACACCGUUGAAUCCAUUCCCCCCCCCCCCGGAAUUGAAUAUGCAAUAUCUACUUCCGUCCUUGAUGAAGUUAAGGAAAAGACGUCUGUAGCAAACCGGAAAUUUAAUGGCAAGCUCUGCAUUCGGUGACGCUAUAUUUUUCCUAUCUCUAUGUUCACCAAUGAAUGGACUUUCAUUGAAAAAAAAAGCUUCAAAGAGCUGUCAGGGUCUUGUCUGAAAAUGAGCAAUAGACGAGGAAGAUCUGAAUGAGACGGUAGCGCGGAGAGAUGAGCUGGAAGCCUUCCGCUUUAUUUCUGGGCAAAAGCUUAGCAUAACUGCCUAGAUUGUUUCCAAACAGAAGGCUUAUUUCCCACCAUCCCACAGCUCAGUGUUAUUUUCGUAAGCGUGCUUAGGGAUGAAAAUGGAGCAGCAACCCAGAGGCAAUCCACAAAGGCUGGAAUCCACAGGAACAGAAAAAGCCUUUAAUAUCCUCCACGAUGCUCUAGAUUGCAAACCAAGCAUGGAGAGAGGAAAUCAGUGCCCAGAAGGCAUUCAGUUUGUAAGUAAUGGAGGAUGUGCCACCAGGACAAUUCCUCAUCAAGUAAAAGAAGAACCAGAAGACUAUUUGGCCUAUCACUGGGAAGCCCAGUGGCAAGAGUUUCUGCAAACAGUGGAAUUUCCUUCCUCUGGGUUGAAAAUCCUUCAAUUGUCCGAAGCAUCCACACCUUGGAAUGAUACCAAAGCUUUUUUAGUCUCCUUUGAGCAAGUGGCCACAGCCUGUAAGUGGCCCAAAGAAGAAUGGGUGACUCAACUCCUGCCAGCUCUCAGUGGAAAAGCUGAGAUGGCCUUCAAUAUAUUGGAAGGCAAAGACAGAGGAGAUUAUGGAAAGGUCAAGGCAGCCCUAUUGAGAGGAGAUGCUGUCAACAGAGAGAAAAGUCGCCAGCACUUCAGACGUUUCUGCUACUUGGGGGCCAAGGGGCCAAGGGCAGUUUAUGGCCAACUCCAAGAACUUUGCCGUCAAUGGCUGAAGGUUGAGAGGCACACAAAGGAGCAGAUCUUAGAACUGCUGGUCCUGGAACAGUUCCUGAUGAUCUUGCCUCCAGAGAUCCAGAGCUGGGUGAGGCAGCAGGGCCCUGAAACUUGUGCUCGGGCUGUAAGUCUUGCUGAAGAUUUUCUGUGUAAACAGCAGGAGUCUGAAAGACAAGCAAACCAGGACGCUUUUGAGAAAGUGGCUGUGAAUUUGUCUGAGGCAGAAUGUGCUGCAGCUGAUACUGAACAGAAGGAGCUCUACAAAGCAUCCAGACAGGAAAAUGAGUGUGAUGCUGGCCCAUUUGCAGGUAAGGACUGGAUAACUAUACACAAGACAGAGUCAGAUGUGGCUGAAGAUCCAACAAAAGCAAAGCCUUGUGAGGUGUCCCUCUGGAAAGCAGAAGAGAUUGUUCCUCCAAACUGUUGUGUGCAGGAAAAGGCUUCAAUUAAGCAGGAGAGACUGGAAUGUCAACAGAGCACCUUGGCAGGAGGUGAAGUUGAUGCAUCUGCCCCGUAUGUGGGAGACUAUAAAGCUAUCAUUGUAGCCACAAUCCAGACAGGAAAUAACACUGGUAAGAAACAAAAUACCUCCCGAGCUUAUGGCAGAAAUUUGAAUUGGGGUUCCAUAGUUGUGAAGAACCGUCAUACAGGAGGAAAAGCACAUAAGUGCCUGGUCUGUGGGAAAUUCUUUCUUUCUAGCUCCAAGCUUAUCAUUCACCAGAGGACCCACACCGGGGAGAAGCCAUAUGAAUGUGCUGCUUGUGGCAAAACCUUCCAGUCCAGUUCAUUACUUUACCGUCAUCAAAGAGUCCACACGGGAGAGAAACCGCACAAAUGUCCUGUCUGCGGGAGAAGAUUCAGUAGCAGUUCAAAUCUUAACCGACAUCAGAAGAUCCACACUGGGGAGAAACCAUUUGAAUGUUCAGAUUGUGGAAAAAGCUUUAUUCAGAAGAGUGCCCUUAAUAAGCAUCGUAAAAUUCAUUCUGUAAAAGGGGCAAAUGGGGAACAUUUUAGUACGAGCUGAAGCCUCACUACAAUGUCAUGUGAGAAAACCAGGUAAAAAAACUGGAUCAUGAAAAAACACUUGGGGGAAAUUGGAGUACUCGGUUGAUGUGCCAGCCAUAAGAAUUUCUUUGAGCUUCUGAUGGCUUUGAUGAAGCGAAGGAUUGCAGAAAGAGAUGGAGGCUUCUAAAGCCACAACUCUGGUCUGGUACUGACAUAUUUUCAAUGACAGUUUGGACUGGGAAGGUAUAGAAUUCUCGUUAUCUUUGUCAUGACUUUCUGUACAAAGACAUUCGCAAUUAGCUGCGUCACUCCCUUAUGGAACAAGACCUUGUUCCAGAUGCGAAAUGACCUCUAGAACCGGGGUCUCCAAACUUGGCAACUUUAAGACUUGUGGACUUCAAUAAAGCAAAGCUGGCUGAGAAACUCUGGGAGUUGAAGUCUACAAAUCUUAAAAGUUGCCAAGUUUGGAGACCCCCCGCUCUAGGAUGUUCAUUAUUUGAGGAACAUGAUUUUUAAAUGGGUUGAUGGUGCUAUGAAGGCCCAUAGGUAUAAAAAAUAAAAUAAUUCUAAAUAGAAGUUAUAUUGAAUUAGAGGCAUCAUUCCUGCUUACACAAAUUUUAAGGUAUUUACUGUAUGCAGUUUCUUUUUCUCCACUCCAGAAAUAUGUUCAAGUUCAUUUGCAUUUUUUGAGAUAAAAGGGAUACAAUAUAUACUAAAAGUCUGAACAGUGACAAGAGUGGCAAAAGUAGAUGCAGUUGUGGUUUGAUAAAUAAUGCCCAACAGGUUUCUUUAUUAUCAUGAAUGAUUCAUCAAGAGAUAAUAUAAAUAGGAAGUCAAGAAUCUCCUGCACAUUUUUCAGUUGUUUUAUAUUGUGUGGGCAGCUGGUAUGACACAGGAACAAACGUUUUAAGGGAGCAUGAAAUUGAAAGAAAACGGUCAUUUUGCCCAGCAAAAUCAUCUUCCUGUUCAUUGUGGGGCUCCACCUUAAAGUAUCACUACUUGAAUGUAUUAUGUGAAAACAUAAAAAAUUAUCAAUUUUAAAAACCAAAAGCUAAGAGAAAUACUUCACAAUAACAGGUGCAAUUUGAUAAUAACCAUUAGAUUGGUGGGGAGGGGGGUAUACAUAGCCCUAAAAUCUUAAAUUCAUCAACUUUGCACUAAAUCAUACUGUGCUUUGCUUACUAUAGUGUUUAAAUCCAAAUCAUAAAUCAGACUAAGCUGAAAACUUAAAUCAAUGGUUCACAAGACGUAUCAACCCCCCAACAAGAAACCACAUUUUAAUCUGACAUGUUCUGCAACCCUAUGCAAGAGGGUUAGUUUAUAUUUAACUCAAUUUGCAGGGUUUGUAAACACAGUUAAGUGAUAUUUAAGUUAAUCCUGAGUUAGCAUGUCAUGCCACCAUAUAACCAUGGUUUAAUUUUUGUUAGUUGAACUACAUUCCAAUAUCUCAUUUGAAAUCAGAUUAUUGCAAGCUAGUGAACCUUUAUGAUUUGUUCCUUUUUUUAAGCAUUAGAGUAUGGCUUUCUUUCUUUCAUCCUGGCUGAACAAUACUCUAUUUCCAACACAGCAUCCAAUUACCUGAACUCAAGUAACAUCCUCAGGAGAAAUAAAGAGGUCUACCAGGUUGUAUAAAAAACAUGAAAUAGGCUGACAAUGAGUAUGACAAACUUCUAUUCACA